AUGGACAUCCGACGUCUGCUUCACAACCCGGAUGAUGGCGGCUGGUACAUCAUUGGCGAGACCAAGAGCGAGGCUGAGAUGAACGAGCUGCACCGCUCACUCAAGCGCAAUGCCAUCAUUAAUAUAAACCUUGUGAACUGCACCUUGAACCACGAGAAUGACGUUGAUACUGCGAGUACCGAGCACAAGAUGAAAGUACAGUGGACGAAAUGCACCUCUGCAUUGUGUCACCCCAAGGACAUCAAUCCGAGCAAUGGGUCACUGGAUGAGCAGGGAAAGCCCCGUGCAUGCCCUGUGCAGAUGCGCAUGUCCACAUGCCAGCUUACUUUCUCGGGCAUUAUAUGCCAGGCCUACCAGCACCUAAGCAAAGAGCACGACUCCGCCGAGCCUCUGCAGCAAUCGGUGACUGAGGAAAUGAAAACAUGCAUUAUAUGUAUGCUUCACGACAACCCUGAGGAAAAACCCAUGACCACUUACAAGAAGCUUACGGCACUGCACGAGCAAGGUGCAUUUGGAGCAGACUUCAUGCCAAUGAAGAUUCAGCUACGCAAUGCGCUGACAUAUUUAAGAAGCCGCAAGCUCAAGCUAUCCAGCGGAAGUGGGGAUUUGGUAGACGGUACUCCACGAAAGCGACAAUUUGACUCGUUCUUGGAUGGUAGCGAGUUUCCUCCUCUGGAAGAACACCGCCAGCCGGAAUAG